UGUGUGUUGUGUGCUAGGUAUGUGAUGCGUGUCUAGGUGCUUGCUGUGUUGGGUUCUGCGUGCCGUAUUAAAUGCCUUUGUAUCCGCUGUCCGCGAGAAGACACCGCGUGCUUUCAGAAUCGCUUUGUGCCAGCGUUUCGACCAGACUCUGCAGCUAAUUUUGGACUCCCGCCCACUAAGUGGAGUGCUGCGUUGCACCAGAACGAGGCUGAAAGCGGCAAAAGAGCCCCACCUCGCCGGCGGUCCCGUCUCACCUUCCACUGAGCCCUUCCCAGCACCCCAGCACAGCACAGAAGCCCAGCUGCGGUUGCCGUGCCCAGGUCCUGUCCAGGUCCUGCCCAUCACACAGCCGCAUACAACUCAACCACGCAGCUCAACCACGCAACUCAACCCAGCGACUCGACCUAGCGACAAGAACCCAACGCCGGACUCGACCUCUGCCGGGCAGCAACCGCCCAGAAGCUCGAAAUCUCUGGCUAGACAGCCCCGUUUCCGCCAGUGGAGCCCAAACUGGUUUGGGCUGCUCCCUUGUUGAACUGCGUGGUCGGACUCACAGGCGUGCGUCCGUGCCGACAACCUUGGCCUCGACCCGUCCUUAGUUGUCUCCCGCGAGCGGGACCCCGCUUGUGUCCUCCGUUGGAAUCCAACUUGAUGUACCUGCUCUCAACCGCCCACCAACCUCCGUCGUGUUUUUAUCCGCCUAAUCCUACCUACCGCCAAACCACAUCUCGCUUUGACACGCGCUUCCGCCGCGCUUUUGACACUCUUUCUUGCCCGCUACCUGCCGCUUCGUCCCUGCGACAUCCGCACAGGUUCCUGUCGGCCGCUGGCUGUGAUUCGACUGCCUCGAUUGGCCCCCCUCCCUACGCGCGCAAACGAGCGAUAGAAUAAGCAUCGAGAGCUACUCCCCGGCAUCCCGUCCAUCACUCAUUCACCCCAUAUCCCCCCGAUCCAGCUAUCUGGCCCCGACCAUUGACGUCCCGUCGUAUCCGACCAUCGACACGAGCCAUGUCGUCCGUCACCGGACCCGGGCCUGGGCCCGACGCCCCCCAGGCUGGCCUCGCGACGCGACCCGAGAGGAGACAAGGCCAGCCGCAAGCGCCAUCGCUCGACGCUAUUGCGACGCAGACGGACGCCCGAGACUCGCGGUCUUCAUCAUCAACUAACUCGCCGGCGCCGAACGAAAUCGAGGAGUCUGACUUCUACCUCGGCUCUAACGACUCGCAAUCAUCGCUCGGCGUCCCCAACCUCCAGGACAUGCAGGUCACCGACGAUGUCAAUUGCCUGCCGCCCAUCAACCGCCUUCCCAACGAGAUCCUCAUCAGCAUCUUCUCCCGCCUGGCGUCCCCGGCUGACCAGCUCCGCUGCAUGCUCACCUGCAAGCGCUGGGCUAAGAACACGGUUGAUUUGUUGUGGCAUCGCCCCUCGUGUACCAGCUGGGAGAAGCAUUCGAUGAUCUGCCAGACACUCGGCCAAGAGGCCCCAUACUUUGCGUACCCUCACUUUAUCAAGCGCCUCAACCUAGCCGCCCUCGCCGACAAGGUCAACGAUGGCAGUGUCAUGCCCCUUUCAGGUUGCAACCGUGUUGAGCGCCUCACCUUGACGAGCUGCAAGGGCCUCACCGACUCGGGCCUGAUCGCACUGGUCCAGGACAACAGCCACCUGCUGGCGCUUGACAUGUCGUCCGUCGACCAGAUUACCGAUGCCUCCAUACUCGCCAUCGCCGAGCACUGCAAGAGGCUUCAAGGCCUCAACGUCUCGGGCUGCACGCGCAUCUCGAAUGACAGCAUGGCGGUCCUUGCUCAGAGCUGUCGCUAUAUCAAGCGGCUCAAACUCAAUGACUGCAGGCAACUUGGCGACACGGCAAUCCAGGCUUUCGCAGAGAGCUGUCCCAACCUCCUCGAGAUUGACCUGAUGCAGUGUCGCAAUGUUGGUAACGCUUCGAUCACUAGCGUUCUGUCAAAGGCCCUGUCACUCCGCGAGCUUCGCCUUGUCUUUUGCGACCUGAUUGACGACGGCGCAUUCCUGUCACUGCCGAACACCCGAUUCGAGCACCUACGCAUCCUUGAUCUGACGUCGUGCUCGGCGCUGACCGACCGCGCCGUCGAGAAGAUCAUCAAUGUAGCACCGCGUGUGCGGAACCUGGUUCUGUCCAAGUGCAGGAACAUCACGGACGCUGCUGUGCAUGCCAUUGCUGAGCUUGGGAAGAACCUACACUAUGUGCAUCUAGGUCACUGUCACAACAUUACGGACGAGGCUGUCAAGAAGCUAGUGGCCAAGUGCAACAGGAUCCGGUAUAUUGAUCUCGGCUGCUGCACGCACCUGACCGAUGACUCGGUGACCCAGUUGGCAACGUUGCCUAAACUGAAGCGCAUUGGUCUUGUCAAGUGCUCCGGCAUCACCGACGAGAGCAUUUUUGCCCUGGCCAAAGCGAAUCAGCGCCACCGCCAGCGCCGAGAUGCUCAGGGAAACCCCAUUCAGAACUCGUAUUACAGCCAGAGCAGCCUUGAGCGUGUUCACUUGAGUUACUGCACAAACUUGACAUUGAAGGGUAUCAUAAGGCUUCUGAACUCGUGCCCGCGCCUGACCCACCUCAGCUUGACUGGCGUGCAGGCCUUCCUUCGGGAGGAUCUGAGUGCGUUUUGCCGCGACGCACCACCAGAAUUCACGGAGCAUCAACGCAAUGUAUUCUUGGUGUUCUCAGGCGAUGGCGUCAAGAAUCUCCGGCGGUACCUAAACUCGCCCACCUUUGCGGACCUCCACGAGAACAGGGGCCCCGCUUUCCAGAGCAGAAGGCAUUCUCUGCCGGGCGGCGGGCCCCUUGUUCAGGGGACGAAUCACCUCCAGGCCACCUUGGACGCGUCUUUUGAUGCUGAGGAACAGGAGCCGGAUGCGAUUGACGACGACGACGGCAUGGAAGAUGGGGACGGCAUGGUUGUUGAUGCACAGCCCUUUGUCAACAAUAACAUGCCUCUCAACCCUGGUAUCCCGAACAAUUUUACGCACUACGCCAUCACAGGCGUUGCUGGCCCGGCUCAGCCGCCUCCGCCGCCCCCGAUUCCAGGAGCGCCUGGACAACAGUUCGCUCCAGGCGGCGUCUUCCCCGGCGCUGGCUUUGGCGGGGCCGGGUAUCAUCAUCAUCCCUUUGUGGUCUCCGCGGACAACAACGCGCCUGCACCUCCUUACUCUCAUGGAGCGACUCUAGAGGCUGGAUUGGCGGGGCCUUCUUCGGGCAUUUCUGGGUCUGGCUCGAGCGCUGCACACGCCGGGCAGGGGCACACGCACGGCGACCUUGGAAUAUCGACGUCUUCCACGGCGCCUAUCCCUCGUCAAUCCGCCUCGGGGGCCGGCUCUUUGGGCUCUGGUGCAGGGCCAAGCACGGCGCCCUUGCAAAGCAUUGCUGGCCUCGCCAGCAUCCGCGAGGAUACGCCAAGCGAACUGCCGGAUGCUGAGGGAAGUCCUGUCAGCUCCAGCGGUAACACUCCUCCGCACGCCUGAGCCAGUCUUUCCCCGCUGCUCGGCCUUCUCCCGGUCCCGGAAAGCCUUUAAUUCUCUGCACCUUCAGAGAUAUUUCGGUACAACAGGGUUGUUGCCGUAUUAUCAAUACGUGUAUUUGUUUUCUCUGUCUCCUUUCUCGGAAGAGCCACCCUAGACCACGGGCGCUUCCGGCGGAUUUGUUACCGGCACAGAUUUCCUUGGGGUUCAUGGGAAGGCACCGAAAAUCGUUCUUGUUGAGCAUUGUCAUGCUUGUGAGGCUGUGGCUCUUUUACCACAUUUUCUCACCGUCUUUUGUUGUUGUUUUGUUUUCCCCCUCUCUUGCAUAUUCAUUAAAACUGGCUUUAUCCCCCGCGUCUGUUGGCUUUUGGUAAUCGCGCGUGCUUUCAAGAGAGACGCUGCGACUCGAUUUGGCAGAGGCGGAUAUCAUCAGCUGCAGCAUGCGCAAAGGAAAGGAUAGAUGUCUGUAUACGCCAUGCGGGCCGGGUAGUACUGAUUUUUGUUUUCAGUUUUUUUUCCCCUUGUUUUGUCGAUGGCAUAUAAAUGUGGCUGCGAGGCUUGCGCAGAAGAGAGCCGGGUUUUUACCCCCUAAACGAACGUUUGCCAGGUGUCCUGUUGGUGUUAUUCUAUAUUUUCCCGUGGUAUAGAAGGUAGCCUUGUGCUUUGGUCUGGGCUACACCGAAGGGAGCCCCUCUGGUGCAAAGGGUCAGUCCCAUACACGAUGAGUAGGGUGGUUAUGCAUAUGUGCAUAUUGACGAAGCAGCGUCUUGGCGGCAUGGUUAGGAGGUAGCGAGAGUAUUACUGCAUCAUAUUCAAUGUCAGAAUAAUGUUUUUUUUUCC